AUGACUGUCGAAAUCUCUGAUUUUUCUAUGGGUCAUUUAUCGCCCAAUACCGAGUUCAAUGAGUCCCCAAAAGAAGACAUCCUCCCUUUUGAAAGCGACAAUUCUCUUCAAAAUAAAUCUUUUACCCUCGAGCAAGAGGAUUCGGAAUCUAAUUCGUGUGAAAAAAAUUCGUAUAUCGCUGAUACCGAGCAAAUCUCGGAGUCUAUAAAAACCUCCCAACAAGGUCCUGAGCCUGAAGCCUCCAACUCGAAAAAUGUCUAUAAAAAGAAAAAAGAAAAAGAUGCGGAUGAUGGGUACUUUUUGUUCGGUUACGUACCAAACUAUACAAUUCCAAUUAUCGGGAUUCAAAUGUCUUAUCCAAUCGAUGUAAUUGGCCGUUAUACCAA